AUGGCAAAUGAUUGGAAAUUCCGCUCUCGAAUGCCCACCACCUCCAUCGCUCAAAUACAAAUCCCUCCCGGUCCACUCCGACGCAUCAGCAAGCGUAAGCAUGCUACCCGCGUAUCAACCAGCGAUGGAUGCAAAGAAUCCAGCAUCAUCAACGAGCUGCGAAAGAAAUAUGAAAUCGACCUCGAGCACCCUCCUCGCUAUCCUCCCCAGUUCACUCUUCCUCAACCACCUAUCCCUCGCCCAGAAUCUGAUAAGUUGAAUAGCAAAAUAAGAAGUGAGAUGGAAAGAAGACAGUUCGCACCAAUGUCCCCUAAUUGGGUUUGGAGGGUCUUGACAGAAAUGUACAAAGUGGAUGAGAAAAAAUGGGGAAAAUGGGCAGUCGAUUUGGAUGGUAUGAAACUGGCGAAAGGUGAUUGGAGGUAUUUAUUGAAGGUUCACUAUCGUACAUGGUCCGAGAACGGUGCAAUGGAAGAGUACGAGCUUGGCCAUGUAACAAACACUAUUGCUGAUUUGUAUAUUUACAUGGCUUGCGAUUACAGAAACAGAGCAAUAGCAAGAACACUCAAGAGUGGCGACCUAGCUGGUGAUACACCAACCAAACAAAAAGUCAGCUCGAUAAUCAUUGAUUCUAACAAGUUGUAUUGGGAUAAAAAUAAAGGUGGCAUCGUGAAGGAAGGAGAAGAUGAAAAUGGGGAGGAUAUUCGUCGCAUAGUAGUGCAAGACUUUCCCAAAGCUUGGGAAAAGACCAUGGAGGCAUUGGCACAAUAUGAUGAUGAAACUUUUGCGAAUCUUGACUACAUUGUGAUUCCACACGAGUAUAACGCGUUCCAUACGCAAUGCUUGGGAAUAGCACCAAAGCAGAGGUUUGUCUUCCAUAUCGACAACUCCGGUCUCUCGCAAGCCAGAUUUGAAAGUUCAUUAGAUGAUAAGUACGGAGCUUACUAUCAUUCGUUUUUUCAAAUGUCUUUACUUGAAGCUAUCAUAUAUACAAGAUUCGAUAAAGGAGAGAUUGAUACCGCCGAGUGGCCAUUGUACGGGCAAUGGUCUUACCGCACGGACCAUAGAGAUCCAGACAACAGAACGACAGACAAUAGUCCUAACGCAACUCGACAGAAUGAUACUUACAACUGCGCUCUGAAUACCAUGACCAGUGCCGUGAAUUUAAUAUUCGGAUAUGAUAUGGCUUGUUAUGUGUCUGGAAUGGAUCUCUCCCCCAUUCCUGGAUUAACAGGAAAGAGAAUAAGAGUCGCAGCGGAAUUUUUGAAUGGGGGAUUCAACUAUCCAUUCAACUAUCCAUUGUUCAAAAUUCCAACAGAGUUACAAGAGAUCAUUAUUGAUGAAACUUAUAAGCAAAAUCUUCGACCCCCUCCGACCUUGCCGCUAAGGAAUGACGGCGUAGGAAAUAUCAUGGACGAAUGGGAUGAUGAAGACACUGAGGAUAGAGUGGAUCCAGAAACAGAGGAGGAGGAAGAGAAAGCACCCCAAGAAGAAGCUCGAACAAAAGUUAAGAAAUCCACUAGGUACAAAAAGGUCAAAUGGCAUGGCCAACCCGCUUUGGAUUGGGAUCCUGGAAAGCCACAUCCGGCAGGACCAGGAUCUACAGGCGACGAUUUACCAAUACGAACUCUUUGGCCUGCUCAAAUGGAUCCUACUAGAACAGGGAAAUGUGGGAUUGUAUACCCGAUCACAAAGCCGCGCUUCUCGGAUUCAAUGUAUAAUGAUAAAUUUGAGUGCAAGAGGGCAGCCAUAUUCCAUAGAAUGGAGGGAUGGGAAUUGUGGGAGGAAAUGCCAUUAUAUAUGUUCAAGCGCUGGAUGGAGAAUGUAAUGGCAGGUAGAACCCAUGAAGAGUUGUCUCCAUGGGUGAAAGUGCUCAAGCUUGAUGGACGCGUUUUCUCCGAGACAAAAUAUUGA